CUCGAGCAGCUUUGCGAGCCGGCGCCGGGCCGGAGCCUCGCCCAAGGCCCUCCGCCCCUGGGCCCGCGGGUGCGCGGGUGCGCUGCAGCCAGUGGGGCCCCGCCGCCCGCAGGCCACAUGUGCGGGGGCGAUGCGCCCGGCGUCGCGGACUGGGCCGGCAGCUGGGAGGUCAGCCGCAGGGAGAACUGGGAGGCCUUCCUGAACUUCUCUGGCGUUCCGGCGGCGGCUCAUGAGGCCGCAAUCAAGGCGGUUGACUUCCACCGUUACCGCAUGGACGAGGACAGCUGGGUCAUGGACCACCGCAUUCCUGUGCAGGCCAUGCAUCUGCUCUUCCGCGCGGACUUCGACGGAGAGCUCCACGACUGCCCCUAUCCCAGGCCGACCGUGAAGCACUGGGCCCCGGGCGACGACGGAGCACCCGCGAGGGCCCUGCAGUGGAGGAACACGUGGGUGAAGCGAGGCACCCACUUCAGGACCGAGAUACCCGACUUCUUCGGCGAGGGCAAGACGUUCGUGCUGGAUAGGGAGCUGGUCGCCAAGGCGGAGAUCGAGUGCACGCUGAACGUGCGGGACGGCGACGCGGUGGUGGUUGGGCCGUGCCAGACCUGGAUGGUCAAGACGGGCGAUGCAGGCCCAGCGCCGCUAGAGUACCUGCGGACAAAGGGGAAGCCGCUGGACACGGCCGAGGCGAGGGUGGCUGCGCUCGAGCAGGCCUUCAAGAUGUUCUCUGAGAACAUCGACGAAUUCACCGCCGCACAGACCGCCGACCGCGUCGCCCCGUGCCGCUUCGACGGCCCCGCGAGGAUGCUGAUGGGCGCCGCCAAGUUCUACCAGGCCCUCGUGCCAGCCUGGAUGCAGCCCGAGAAGCUGGGGGACACCACCCCGGACAUGCUCAAGAUGGGGGUGGAGGCCGACUUCUACGCGCACAACGAGCCGAAGGGCACUGGCCUCGUGAUCGCGCCCUGGAACGCCCCCGCCCUCCUUGCAGCGGUCCCGACUCUCGGGAUGCUGGCCGCUGGCAACCACGUAGUGAUCAAGCCCUCCGAGACGACGCCCACGGUCUCGGCGCUGCUGAGGCGCCUGAGCCAGAAGUACUUGCACGGCCUCGUGUGGGUGGAGGAGGGCGCGAGGGACGCGGUCGAGCGGCUCAUCGACGAGGCGCCAGACCACCUGUGUUUCACCGGCGGCGGCGAGAUAGCUAAGCUGGUCGCCGCCAGGGCGGCGCGGCACCUCACGCCUAUCACGCUGGAGCUGGGGGGGAAGAGCCCCGUCUUCGUCGACAAGGGCCUCGGCGACGGCAUCAUGGACAAGGUGGUGAAGGAGUUCCUCCUGCUGCCGCCGCUGCUGCUGAUGGAGAUCCUCGUCACGAAGCAGGCCUUCAGCGGCCAGUUCUGCUGCGCGCACGACUACGUGCUCGUGCACAGCGAGGCGCGGGACGUCUUCGUGCAGAAGCUCAAGGCCGCCCUGGAGGAGCUGGGCGAUGCGCGGAGCGUGCCCCUGAACAACAGGAGGCAGUACGAGCGCGUCAAGGCGAUGCUCCUCGAGUCCGACGGCGAAAAGGUGCCAGCCCUGGCGGGGGCCCACGUCCCCGUGGACUCCGCCAUGACGCUGCCCGUGACGGCCAUUCUGCAGCCGUCCAUGGAGAAGGACGUCCUCAGGCACGAGAUCUUCGGGCCCCUGCUGCCGGUGCUGGUGGUCGAUGGGGUGGGCGAGGCGAUCGCGCACGUCAACGCGGCGGCGACGGGCAAGGCGCUGAUCGCCUACUGCUACUCCGAGGACGAGGCGUCCGUGGAGCAGUUCCUGGCCUGCACCAGCUCGGGCAACGUCUGCGUGAACGCGGGCUACCAGCGGAUGCUCGGCAACUACCACGUCGGCUUCGGGGGUGUCGGCGGGUCGGGAUGCGGCGUCUCCAUGUGGGGCAAGGAGGCCCUGCGCGAGUUCUCCAACCGCAAGGUCGUCUGUCGCGCCAGGGGCGGCUUCGCCUCGUCGCUGAUGGGCGGGCCCCCGCCCAAGGGCAAGGGCAAGGGCGAGGGCAAGGGCGAGGAGGCGCCGACGAGCUCCGGCGCCACCGGCGGCGGCGGCGGGGAGGUGCAGAAGGCCUUCGCCGGCGGGAGCGGCAAGGGCAAGGGCAAGGCGGACGACAAGCCCCCGCUGGAGGGCGCCCUGGCCGCUCUGACCGAAACGGAGGCCUUCCAGCAGAGCUUCGGCGGGGUCCUCGAGGCCGCCUCCCCCGCGGAGAGGAAGCUGAUGGCCGUUCGGGCCAUGCUGCCCUAUGCGCGGAAGCAGGUGAAGACGCAGGCGGGGGCCACCGCAGCCAAGAGGGCCGGCAUCCUGAACGGCUACCGCGACUUCGCGGAGAAGAGGGGCAUCUCCUGGCGUGCGCAUGCGAAGGAGCUUGAGGACCGCGGCAUGGACACCUGGAAGGCGGAGCUCGAGCAGGUCACGGACAAGGC